AUGCCAAAUAAUACCACCGUUGCGGAAUGGGACCUUAUUCCCGCCGUCGAAGUUGUCGUAUGUCCUUGGGUCAUCGUCUCAAACACAGUGGUUUUAUCGGUAUUCAUUAAAAACCGCCGCAUGCAUGUCCCCUUCAACGUGUAUUUAUUUAGUUUAUUAAUCGCUAAUAUCUGCUUGGCAAUACUCGGUAAUCCCUUGGAUAUUGUGAAUUUCAUUUUUCCAACAUGGUGGCUCGGACAAAUCGCAUGUGAUGUCUAUCUAUACGCGCUGUAUGUUAUGAGCGGCUUGACGGUCAACUCGCACGCCCUGAUCACUAUCAACCGCUUAUGGGCCAUGACCUUUCCACACUUCUACAAGCAGUACCAUUCCAGCCGCUCAGCGGCGUUCCUUUGCGGACUGGUAUGGAUCGCCGUGCAUGCCAUAAUCCUCCCCGGGGUGAUUUUGAACGCCCGCGUUUACCGGCUACCCAUUGAGACCGCCGGAUGUGUGAUUAAUACCAAUGCUAUGCCGGUAUGGAAUACUGUCGUCCAGUUUGGUGUGUUCAUUGUACCGAAUAUCUUUGUUAUGCUGGCAUAUCCCUAUAUCCUGUGGAUGCGUCGGAGGCGCCGGUUAGUGCGGAUCACUAAUCGCCACGUGAGUAUUCUCCAGCCGUCGACUACCACCGCGGUGAGCAAGAGCACCAAGGAAAGCCGCGCGUUUAUCGUGCUGACGGUGAUGACGGCGAGUGUGACGGUGUCUUGGACGCCGCUGAAUGCGUAUUACGGGAUGGGAUGUUUUAUGGAUGUCAGCCAACUGUGGUUGACGUUCGAGAUAACGCAAGGACUUUUUAUAUUGCAACCGGCACUGGACCCGAUAUUUUUUGCUGUAACCCUACCGGAGCUUCGUCAAGGACUGGCUGAUUUCGUGCAGACAGCUUUCCGUAAAUGGCGGAUGUGCAAAAAGGUUUUGAUUUAG